AUGGCGUCGACGUCUUCUGCAGCAUACACCGAACCUUCUGCGUCUCCCAAAGCAGCUUCUGCCGCUGCUGCCGCACCAUCUCCCGCGGCCAAACCGGCGGGUACUGAACAACCUCGGCCCAUCCUCGAAACUACAUGGCAUGCACUUUCUCAGGCCCCGCCGCCAUCUCUACGUGAGAUUCUGACCGCAUACAAUACCAAGGGUGAAGGUGACCGCGAUAUGCUUGUGGCACUCCUCAACGCAAAGAGCGCCGAGGACCAGCGACUGGCAUCAUUGGCCACGCUCCACCAAACCGUGUUGCAAAUGCAACAUGCUAUUGCUAUCGCUGCUGUCACCGCCCAGCAACCAGCAGCUCGCCCUGCCGUCCCUCCGCCCCAGCCACAGUCGUCACGCAGGAAGCGUAGCCAUGCCGAGUACGCCCCUGAUGCAUACAGGGCUGGUGCAUAUGACGAUCGCGAGCCACCAUUGCCUCCUUCGCCCGACUCGUCCGCGUCGGGGUCUUCCCCUCGGGCCGACUUUCCUCACUUGGCAAACCCCAGCACAAUGUCGAUCCGCACCCUCCUGCACCCUUCUAAACGCCGUCGCGAGUCUGGGUAUGACGAGCGCGAACGCGCGUAUGACGAACGUGAUCGGGAACGCGAGCGUGACCGUGACCGUGAACGCGCAUACAUCGAGGACCGCGAGUACCGUUCCCGCUCUCGACCACAUGUUGUCGUCCACCCACCGACCUCGGAGCGCGAGUACCGCCAUGCGAUGCGCACUUCUUCGGCUCGGGACGAGUCCCACGAAUCGAGCCGUUCGCCAUGA